AUUGAAAUUAUUGUUUUUGAUCGCAUUAAUUGAUAAUUGGUGGUCAACCAUCUAUUUUAAUGAUACUAAAUGGUCCAGGUUGGUUUAGAUAAUAGAUUGUCGCAGAUGUCUUCAUAGACAGAGGUUAUCGAUCGAAGGUAGUGAAUCAAUGAAAAAUGUCAGAAUAAAAUGGAUCCCAAAAUGGAUCUCGUUUCACACUUUCUUAACCACACUCAUGAGUAGGAGGGAAACGAGAAGAAUGAGAAAGAAAAGAAAGCAAAAAUAAUACUAAAUGAUAAAACCAGAGGUUGAAGAUGAGGAUGAUGAAAAGGUGAAGAAAGUAUAGAGGAAAGCAUUUCCAUUAUUUGCACCUUGAUUCAUCUAUUCAUUUUUGGAGGUCUAGGAAUGCAUUUUAAUUUCAUUGAUUGGUAGCUAUUUUGUUUUUAUGCCUUUUUGGGCUUUACUUGAUCUUACUUAACCUCUCCUUUAACCUUGUCGUUAAUCUGAAAACGAUUUAUAAUAUUCAUAUUCAACUUCUUAACCUUUUAAUCACUAGUUAACUGUUAGUUAUCUUUUCAUCUCUUUCCUUGCCUUUUGCUGGUUUUACCUCCAAACAACACCAAAUAUAAAGAGAGGGAAAAGUUAAGUUGUUCAACCACCAUGGAAUUACCAAGAUAUACUCAAAGUGAAUCUCAACGAUCAACAGCUUCCUCAUCAAAUUACAAUCCAUUUCUGUCAGAAUCAGUUGGCGGCGGUGGAGGCGGUGGCGGUUAUAGUGACUAUUCUGGUGAUAGAGAUGAUCCUGGUAUCUAUUCAAAUCGACCCAUUGAUUUGGGUUACACGGAAACCAUAACUCUGGAUGAUAAUGGUUCAACCGGAGUACCUGAACAUAAACGUAGCUCAGAGACUGUUGACUUAAUCCAAGAGAUUCUCACCAAUCGAGAUUUGUUGAUGUCAAAAGGUUUCUAUUUUUUCUUUUAUGCUGCCUUUGGAUCUUUGUUUCCGUUGACAGGAGUCUAUUUCAAACAAAUGGGAAUGAACUCAGUCCAAGUUGGGUUAUUAACUGGUAUACGACCUUUUAUUGAAAUAUUUUCAGCCCCUUUUUGGGGUUCCAUGGCAGACCGUUUUAACAAGGGUAAAAUACUUCUUAUGGCUUCCAUGUUUUCCUGGAUUGUUUUCACUUGUGCAAUGGCAUAUAUACGACCACCGGCGACUGCAUGUGUCACUUUUAAUGAGACUCAUCAUAUUUUGUUUACACCUUAUUCAGAUGAAUCAGAUAACGAUUUUGAAAUGUCAAUAACGCCGCAAAGAAGAGAUCGCCGAGCUAGUGAGGAAGAAAAUUUACAGUCUCAUGAUUUGAAUGCAAUACUGCCAGAUCAAAAUGAAGAUUUGAUUGAACAUAGAGCCAAAAAACGGGUCAAACGUGGAUCAACUAAUUCACGAACUAAUGCAAAUAGACAUAGACCUCCACCAGCUCAUGUUAUUGGAAAAUCGCCGAUUCCAAUUGAUUAUACUUUAAAUUUCAACAAGGAUAUUCAUGCUUCUUAUGUUUCACCCCCAUUCAGCACUGUUGUUUACAAAUGGGAGGAUGUUGAAUCGGUUUUUCUUCUUCUAUUGCUUCUGGUGUUAAUUGGUGAAUUUUUCAGUGCUCCAGCUAUAACACUUACCGAUUCAGUUACACUUGAUUACCUUGGUGAUCGAAUUGAUCUCUAUGGACGCCAACGAAUGUUUGGUUCCGCUGGAUGGGCUAUAUCAAUGUUUUUUGUGGGAAUGGCACUGGAUAACUCUACUGAAUUUACCAAUCAUCCUUGUGGACCACAUGAAAGUGAACGUAAUUACAAAGUUUGCUUCUCCAUUUUUGCUGUUCUUAUGGUCAUCGCAUCUGCCAUAGCGUAUCAGUUUCGUUUUCCCGAUCAACCUGGUAGGUCAGUGGAAGAGAGCUCAUCGGGUAUUGAUUCAGUUCCCAUGAAACCCUAUCAAACUCCUGGUCCAAAGCCAAUAUUCAAUACUGCACCACCAAUAAAUCCUCCUCCUGGACUACAGCAAGACCGGAAAUUUGAAUUUAUCGACAAAUGGAAGUCAGCUGUUUUCGCUCAACGAACGCGAGAAAUGCCCGAAUGGGUUGAAGUAUUGAAAACAUUUGCAAAUCUCAGAUAUGGUGCUUUCCUAUUUGUUACGUGGUUUAUGGGUGCAGGUAUUGGUAUGGUAUUUGCUUUCCUCUUUUGGCAUCUUCAAGAUCUUGGAGGAACACCAACACUUUUUGGCCUUGCUUCUGUAAUUAACCACAUAUCUGAAAUUUUUGCAUUUUUCUACUCUUUAGAGUAUAUCAAAAAGUAUGGACACACCAAGGUACUUUGUUUUGGUCUGGCAUGCAAUUUUGGUCGGUUUUUAUACAUCGCCUACUUGGAUAAUCCUUGGUUUGUAUUGCCCUUUGAAUUAAUGCAAGGAGUAACUCAUGCCGGAGUUUGGGCAGCUUGUUGUUCUUACAUUACCCAAGCAACUCCACCUCAUCUUAAAUCAUCAACUCAGGGUGUUUUGCAAGGACUACACCAUGGAUUUGGUAGAGGUGCGGGAGCCAUUUUAGGUGGCAUAUUCAUCAAUAAAUUUGGUACUCGGCCAACAUUUGCAGUCUAUGGUUUACUUUGUGGCCUUGUUUUGGCAUUUUUCAUAUUCGUUAACUCCCAGCGAACCAAUUCUGGCUUCCGUUGGCUUGAGGAUGACAUAGAGCAUCAAGUUUGCCUUGAAGGAGGUGCCGGACUAGCACCACAUGGUGUACCUUCAGCACCCAUAACUCGAACAGCUUCAAAAACAAACUUGGCAACUCCAAAUGCAUCACACAACCAAAGCCAACAACAAUUUUCCUCUGGAUGGCCACAGUCGGAUAGAUCAAGUGAAACUUUUAAUAUGACUGGUCCCGGAAUUGAUGGAUCUAAUCCAAAUUUUAAUCGAUGGAAUCAUCGUGUUUCUCCUUUGUCUUUCGAAUCCAAUAGGUCCAAUAAAUUAUCACCAAGCCAAGAUAAUAAUAUACCUUAUGGACUUAAGGUUAUACUUGGAGAUCAAAAUAGUCCAAGUGAACCCAUAACAGAAAGUGAUUUAAUACGGGAUGGUUUCCGACAAAUGGACCAAGUUUUAAGCUAUUUCGAUACUCAUUCAUUGGACGUUAAAAGUGACAAAAGUAUUGACAUUGAUUACAAGAAUCUAUCCAACCCAAUUAAUCCCAUCACGAUCAAUGUUUCAACUCAACAGCAGCCUAACAAUUUCCAAUCUUAUGAUUGGUGAUUUUAAUACAUUAUCAUCAUCAUUGCCUCAUUUCCCUUCACGAUCACCUUGAUGAUACAAUUAACACACGACUGAGGCUUGUAGUGAGAUUUAUUAAUUGUUAAUUUUGAACCUACUGUUCGGUUCUGGUCAAUAUCAUUCACCAUUUUAUCUAUUUUAUUGUUAUCAACUUUCACUUUAAAUUUCAGAUGAAGGUGAGGGUUAACACUUAUUUCAUGAGAAGACCUUAGUGUCUUUUAACUCACUUCCAUACACUUUACGAGCAAUUGAGUUUUCAAUUGUUCAAAAAGACAUAAAACAAUUUACCAAAUUGAUUGAUAACAGUUUAAAGUUUUGAAUUACCAUGAUUCGCCUUGAUGUUAUCAAAUACAAUACAUAUUUUCAUUUUAAUCUUGAGCCAAAGGAGAGUUAAUGGAAAGCAAUGGCAAAUGAAUUUCAUCCUCAGAGCAAAUGAUUCCCAUCCAUUUGGAAAGAGGUGUAUAUCAGAUAAAAGUCCUUUUUCUUCCAUUUUCUCGCUAUUCGAAGGUUAAUUUUUUGAUUUUUUGUUUAUUACCUUUUCCUAGGGAAAAAGAGGAAACUCUUUCCUUCCUCCUCAGCUUUUUUAUGUAACCUUUAACUGAGGAUUAAUAUCAUUGCAUAGAAGGAGGAAACACAAUUCACUUCUUCUAUGGAGUUCCAAUAAUAAUUACAAUGAUAAAGUGUUUCGAAGCAAUAAUUUAAAUCUCUAAAAUAAGUUCAGGAUAGUCUUCGCUGAGUUUACUUCUCAGCUCACAUGAACAAAAUGGAAAUCCAUUUCAGCGUUUCAGUUAUUUCCAUUUUGUCCUUUGUAAAUUGACAGUCACCAAUCUAAAAAAUCUUGAGUCAAAGAGAAGAAUAAAUUUUCGUCUCAGAAUUGAUACUCAGAGUUUUGGAAGGCAGAGAAAUUUCUUUUGCUUUCAUUACCUGUGUAAAUUGAAAUGAUACGCUUGUUAAGUGAUUUCUCUCCUCGUAUUGAAUCAGCAAAGAAAUAACUUAACAAUUAUUGUUAUUAUAAUCUAUUACUGUUUUCCCUGUGAUCACUCUUUCCUAGUUUCCUCUCAUUUUGUUCAUAAUCAGUUCACCAAAAAUACUCACUCACUCUUUUGAUUGCAUCUUCAAUCGCCCAAAUAAUUAGUUGUACAUCAAACCUCAAGGUUGUGUUUCAGUAUCUGAAAAAAAACACGAAACUAAAAGCAAGAAAAAAAGUUACUAGUCAUGCAAAUAUUAAUGAUUUUUGAUCAAAUCUGUGAAACUUAAUUCCAGACUUGUCUAUUACAAUUCUCAAUAAUUUGAUCAAAUCUCCACUAUUUUGAUCAACAUUCAUGUGGAAACCAAGAGCUGAAAUAAGUAAUAGCAAGUCAUAACGUCUAUCUUGUCUCUUAAGUCUUUCAGACUAACUUUUCAAGUUUAAAUUGCGCAAAUUAACAAAUUGAAUCUUUCCUUCUCUGUCUUUUCUUGGACCUUUUGUAUUAUAUUGUCAACUGAUGUGAACAACCCGUUGCCUUUUGGCAUGAAGGGUGUAAAAUAGCCAAUUUACACUCAAACCCAAACACCAAUCGAGUUUGGAAACCAAGAUCAACUUGAAACACUUGCAGCAAAAUUUUCAUUGUAAUGACACAUUUGUUCAACUUAAACUGUGGGAAAAUUUACCAUGUUAACCAGUUUUCCAGGAUUACCCAAAUGCAUCAAUACAUAGAAUUGAAAAUCGCUGUAUGAUAACUUUACAGAUGAAUAGUCAAAACUGUUGUCCAUCUCAGAAGGCCAAAGAUACCUAAAAUGAGAUUAAACCUAAAAGUAUUACUCUCAAAUAUAUUAUAUCGAGCAAGAAAAUUUAUAAAGAUUUAUUAUAUGUAAAAGCAUAAAACUUAAGUUGUAUGUCGCACCAGAAAAUUGAAAAUUGCCAAUUUUUCUGCAUCCUGGUAAUUAUAUCAAUAUGUAACUGUAAUUGUGAAAAUUAUUCUUGAUUACCAUUAUAUAAAACAUUGGUAACACAAAUGAGGUUGUGAUUAUUGUAGCCUUUGAUUGUAUUAUUAUCAGUGCAAUGUCGAAUUAAAAUUAGAAAUUAAAUUGAA